GGCGAGUGGAUGGGGACAUAAUAAGCAGACCAAACUGCGUGCUAGCAGAGAGGAUGGAGUUUACGGCGCCGUUUGCCUUAGCCACAUAAUUUCUACAGCUUCCUCACGCCUUCCGAAAAGAGCUUGUAACCGAACCCUAGCCCGUGUUUAAAUUCUGCUAAACUGGGGGGGACAAUUCUCACUUUGCUUACCUAAGAGACACUAUGGAAGAAGGAAAGGAAAUGUCAGUAGGCUGGUCAAAUAAUAUGGCUGAAGAAAAAUUGGAUGUUUGCAAGAACAGUGACUUUCCCCUUCUAACUGAUGAAAAAUUUGAUUUCGACCUUUCUCUGUCUCCUGCAAGUGGAAAUGAAGAUGAAGUUUUUGUUGGACCUCUUGGGCACAAAGAAAAAUGUGUUGCUGUCAGUAUUGAAGCAAUUAAAGGUGCUGAAGAAAAGAUCUCUCAGACCCCUGAUGAUAAGCUGAUGUGGAGUCCUCUUACUGGAGAGAAAUUUGUGGAAAUUUUUAAAGAAGCUCACUUGUUAGCACUGCAGCUAGAAAGCGGCAACAAAAAUGAACAGAACAAAGUCACCCAAUCAGAAGGGCCAAAACCCAAGGUUAUAGAAAAAUUUGUGCAAGCAUCCAAGUCAAAACUAAAAAUCUUUCAAAAAGGAAACAUAGAGAAAAGCCCCAGGGCUAUUAAAAGGGAGACAUACUGUGUGUGGGACAGCCCAAUUUCUCAACUGCCACCUUCCUUUCAGAAGCGUUCAGAUUUACCUGUGACAGCAGUUGACAAAACUCCUCCAAACACAUCUAGUCCUAUUAAAAUUCAUAAAUUUCCUAAAAUAUCUGUUUCACCUCUAGUCCAAGAACAGCAAAGUGAUGAAAAAAAUAAAAAGGCAAUAAGCAAAUUGCACACAAAGGCUUCAUCUGCUCUUGGAAAAAGCCGUCAACUGACAGUAGAAAAGCCAAAACCAGGGAAAAAACACGUGAACAGCAUGGGGUCAUCUGAAGAUCUACUCUCUGACAAAUCCAGUGUUGCUUCAGAUGUAUGUGACUCAUCAUUCAGUGGCAGUUCAUCAUUACAAGACAAGCGAGUUCUUCCUUCUCAAAGCAAGUUUGGGUUAAGGAAGACACAGUUAAAACCUCCUAGUGUUGCUAAUGGUCCUCUAAGAAAGAACACCUCAUCUUCAUCGUCGUCCUCCAUUUCCAGCAUGAACUCCAGUUUGAAUUCAAGUUUGUCCGUCUCUCCCAUAGGGGGAAAUGCUAAAUCAAGUCUCUCUUCAAAAAUUUCUGUGAGCAGCUCCAAACUCUCAUCUAGCACAAAAAGACUGGCUAUGGUUAGACCUAUCAGAAUGUCAUCUCUGCAGGCUGUCCAUUCUGAUGUGUCCUGCAAGCAAACAAGAUCAGUUAGUACUCCCAAAAUAUCUACUGCUGGGAAUUUAGCCAAGUCUUCAGCUUCUGUGACAGGAUCCCAAACUCUAGCCAGUGGAAUUCAGAGACUGAGCUCAGUCCCUAAUCUGCAGAAGAUAUCUCAGCAGAACAAAGAUGGAAGUGCAGCAAAAGGAAACACAUGCCCAAAAGACAAUGCUAAAAUUAUACUCACACCUACAAAUCAGAUUAAGGUCCCUAAGAGAUGUGGAGGUUCAUCAUCAGAAAAUACAGCACCAAAAAUAGUGGAGCCAAUCAGAUUACUAUCUUGUGGCACAUUUGGAAGUGGUGUUGCUGUUUGCACUCCUGUCAGAUCUUCAGAAGAUGGGGCCUCUCAGAACUCUUGUCUUAGUUCCAGGUCCAUUUUAAUUACUCCAGCCAGUAUAAAACGUUCUGCUGCGCCUACACCUGCCAGUCGUAUCUCAGGAAUUCCAUCAAUAACUCCUAAAACUUUGCCAAGAUCUGUCUCUUCUCCACAUUUUAUGUCUGUUCGUCAAGUCUCCAGUGUGUCCACCAGAAAGACUCUUGCAGCUUGUUCUAAAAAGGCAAAGGACACCAAGACACAAGUGUCAUCAUUUGAAGAUGAUGACUUAUCUCCUCCACCUAUGAUACCUCUUACACUUGUCUUUUCACCAGAAAAGACUACAGAAAUAGCACAGAAUGAAAUACAAAAACAGCCAGCUGAAGGAGCACAAACUAAUGAGGUCUUGCUGGUAGAUAUUGGAAUAGAUGAAACUCCCAUUGCUGCUUUGGAAUGUGAAAGUAGACCUCUCAUUGACCUUUCUAAUACUCCAGAAGUGAAUAAAGUUAUUCCACUAAAACCUAGUGUGGUAGGACAGCUAAUAGAUUUGAGUUCUCCUCUUAUCACUCUGAGUCCUGAAGUGAACAAAGAGAAUCUGGAUUCCCCUCUGCUGAAGUUCUAAACUAAACAUUAGCUGAACCAAAAUUUUAUCUUGGGACUAGCAUCUGCAAUCUUGAUUUGAUAUAUUAGCCAUCUUAAUAGGACUGUGUGGAGUGAAUAUCAUGCAAUAAAAUCCCUUUAAUGUACUACUGAAUGUAACUUGUGUUGACAAAAUGGAACUAGAAUAAUCUGUUCAGCAAAUCCAAAUUGGGAGCACUUGAUUAACAUAACUGUCUUUAAGCAUUGUU